GCCGGCUGUGGUCGGAUGUUGACAGGCCUGCUGUAGCUAUCACGUUUCCCACAGUCUCCGCACAUCGAGAACUUUCCAGCCACUACAGUGUGUGUCCACAUCCGCAACAAACCCAUGGCAGCCGAACGCAUGUUCCCCGAUACCUUCAUUGACGAAGACCCACAGAAAGCCUUGGAGGCCCUUAAUGAAGCCUUGCAAGGAGACUCUGACAACGCUGAGUGGUUUUGCCAGCGUGCCUAUGCCCACAUACUCCUGAAAAACUACAGCUGUGCUGCUGAUGAUGCCAAAAAAGCCCAGCAGCUAAAGCCCAGCCUUCCCCUUGCCUUCAUGCGAACAGGAAUAGCAGAGUACCACUUAAACCACUAUGAGUCAGCACAUGCAGCCUUCACUCAGGGACACCAGCUGGAUGUUUCUGACAAAUCAUUUGAGAUCUGGAUUAAUCGCUGUGAAGAGAUGAUGGAUGGGGAAAAACAGAACGGCAGUGUUAAUAGGAGACCAGAAGCUCCACCAGUGAAACAUGACUGGUACCAAACAGAAAAUCAAGUUAUCGUCACAGUCAUGACAAAAAAUGUUCCCAAGGAUGGUGUAUGUGUCAGCUUCAUGGAAAAAGAGCUCUCUGCCACAAUACAGCUGGCGUCAGGGGACAAAUGCAACCUCACCUUUCACCUCCUGCAUCCCAUCAUCCCUCAACAGAGCAACUUCAAGAUUCUCACCACCAAGGUGGAGAUCAAGAUGAAGAAGGCAGAAGCCAUCAGAUGGGAGAAGCUUGAGGGAGAAGGACAGGAGUCCAACAUCAAACACUUCGAUCCGAAUAAGUAUCCAUCAUCAUCCCACUACACCUGCAAAUGGGACAAGAUGGUGGUGGACAUCAGCGAGGAGGAGAAAACUGAAAAGCUGGAGGGAGACGCAGCGCUCAAUAAGCUCUUCCAGCAGAUUUACUCCGACGGCUCAGACGAGGUCAAGCGUGCCAUGAACAAGUCUUUUAUGGAGUCGGGAGGUACAGUCCUGAGCACCAACUGGAGAGAUGUGGCCAAGAGAAAAGUGAACAUGAGUCCCCCGGAUGAUGUAGAGUUCAAAAAGUAUUGAUCGCCUCCUUUUCACUCCCUCUCUCGUUUCGUUCUCCUCUCAUUCUCUAUCUUUUGUGCAUCUGAACUCCAGCGGGAGUCGUCUUUUCUCCGCAGUCUCCAUCCACUUACCACUCUUUUCCCGAUUCCCCUCAGUUGUGUUUCCACGUGACCGUGUUCCCACUUUCACUUGACUACACCACACACGGCCUGCCCUCCUCGAGAGCUUACACCCAGAGGGGUCAGAUCAUUUGAAUAAUCUGUCGAACGGAUUGGUUUGCAUGAUUUGAUAUGAUUUGAGAUGGCCGGUGGACUGAAGAGGGAACAGAGGUCUGGAUUAAAAAGUGACUGACAGAAACAGACCUGAAGUGCAGCACUGAUUUCACAGCAUCAAUCCUCUUUUCUCUCCUGGUUUUCUUAACAAUAAAAACAAAAAAAACACCACAGCCUUUCUAUCAGGAGCCUUUUGUGACUCUUAUUAUCAACACUUGUAUAAAAAUGUAAAGUUGCUAAAAACAUUCGAGAACUACGACUUCUUGGCUCAUGCAUAUUUGCUGUUCUCUCACUAAGACCUCAACAGCAAUACUUGGCAAACUGACUUGCCUGGAAUCUGUGUGACAUGUCAGCUCGUGGCUUAGCACCAGUCGUUCCCCUCAGUGUGAUUCAAGCUUCAGUGUAAAUAAAAGAUUUGUUGUUUGGCUCACAAA